AUGGCCUCGCGUUCAGCUUCAGGUACCGCUAACCCAGCACCGGGGACCGUCGUGCCUGCGCAGCUCGGGUUUCUCUCCAUUUUCAACCCCACGCUUGGCAAUACCGACGAAACCAUCGAGGAUCAGAUCGUCUACUAUGCCUCUGUUACAACACAGGCCGCGCAUAAUAAGCGCAGGCGCACUCGUGGCCAACCGACCCAGAACAUCUCUCCAGAAGAGCGAAACGAGCGUUUACGACAGAUUGGCCUUGCCCAGGGCAUGGCUAGCUUCAGCCGCGGUUUUGCAAGCGGUUCAACAGUAGACACUAUCGACACCGAGAAGUCAAGAGUCAUACUCCACGAGCUCGAACCUGGCUGGUGGAUUCUAGCAAGCAUCGACCUCACCAAACUACCUCUCCCUCCUCGGCUCACUACUAAGAAGAGCGAAGCCGCCGAAGAACGAUAUGAAUACUCCAGUCGCGAGAUGAAACCCGCGAGCCUGUUGCUGCGCGAUCUGCUACGAGCCCAUAGCAUUUUCCUCAUGCAUCAUGACUCCUCGUUGAGCGCCCUCUUCGUGCGCAACAAGAGAACCAAGUUCAUCACUAUAUUGAGUCGAUACUGGGAUCUCUAUCUUUCGACCUGGAAUGUCAUGAUGCAUGGGAACCCAGCUCGUGACAUCUUUGGGGGCAUCCCCAUUGCGGCCUCUGGUGAGCUGGGCGUCGGCGUCGGCGAGGAAGAACGAGGUAGCGGCGAGCGAGCCGUAUUGGAAGGACUGGUUGGGAGAAUAGAAGGGCUCGUCGAUCUAGUUGUUUCCAAGUUCGGCGACUACAACCCCGAAUCGCCUCCUCCAAAUGACCCCUAUGGCGACCCUGAGCAAUGGCUAGGAACAGGAAGAGAACCUGGUCCCGAUGACGGUGCCAUCUUUUUGGGUACUGGCGCUCUGUCCCGAAAAUCAGUGAGAGACGUUACUCACUGGAUGGAGGAUCUAUACACUUGGGGCAAUCACGCCUAUGGUAUUAUAGAGAGCCCGACAUCGGUUCGGCGCGCAAAAAGGCGACGGGCAGCGGAACGCCAGCAAGCGGCCCAAGAUCAAGCACGGGCACCAGCGAGUGAACUCGCGAAGUCUUCAGCCGGAGAACAGGCUGGGGAGAGUUCCGACAAAGACCAGCCCCAAAUCCAAGUGACUGAAGAUGGCAAACUGGAAAAGAUGGUUCACUAUCUCAAGCUCGGAUAUGGCACAUACUGGUCGUUUCCUGGCGGCACUAGUAAUGGCGAUUCUCCUGCCAAGCAGCCUGAGAGUCCGCAGCAGGAUCCUGAACCUGCCCAAGACACAACCAAACUUGCACGGCCCAGCCUCGCGGAACGCACGCCUUCAUAUGAAGCUGCUGGCCACUACUUGAUUGGUUUAAAGGGGGAGAUCAAUGAAGAUUAUAGCGGGACAGAAAGUGGAAGUUCCGAUGAUGCUGGCGACGGGGCAAACAACUCUCGUACUGUCUUGCGAACUGUAAACAUUGAGCUUGAGAGUGAGGCUCUGGAUAGACCAGAGGCCAUAACUGUGCGCGACUUUGAGCAUCCGGCCAGUGCUCUCACGCAGUCGCAGGUGGUAGGGAAUAUGAUACCUGGCUACGACUCCCACGAUCUCAACAAGGCAAAGAAACUGCGCGUUGUUGUCUACGUCAACCGACCAUUCAUGUUCACCUUUUUGUUCAAUCUACGGACCGACUCCCUUGCUAUGGAUUCACUCUAUCGCUCCCUUCAUCAUCAACUCGCUCCUCUACGCAAAGCUCUUCUCCUCUCCACAAGCUAUCGUCCGGAGCGUCCUGGGACCGAUGCAGGUUCUGGCAGUAACCACUCUGGAAACAACAUAUAUGAUCUCGUCUGGGAUCCCGUCUCAUUGACGGUUUAUUCAUCAAUACCAAACAUACCAGAAGUCUACGAUGAUACGGAACCAUGGUCCCGUCCUGAUGCUCUGAACACGCACCUUCACCUGGUUAAUCUCUACAUCGGUACGCGGUCCCGUGCAACUGCUCUCGAGCGUACCGAAAAGUCCAGCCGUGGAUGGUGGAUCGUCUGGACACGUCUGCUCGACCGUCAAGAAGAUGCUGCCACGGGGAAUCUCUCUACAAUUCACGAAGGCGGACCUGGCCCAAAUACAGACCAGGACACCUCUCAGGAUGACGGAGAGAGGAAAUAUUCUGGACCCGAUCCCCGACAUCCGGAUGUUGCCAAGGAAAUCUUCCUCAUCCGCCGCGCAAGCGAUCACGUCGGCUUCCGUACAGAUUCCGCGGAGGGUGCAGGUAAGCUCGCUCAGGGCAUCGGCGUCGACACACGCCGCUAUGUGGAGGAACUAUUGAACCUGCUAUGA